AUGAGCGACUCUGAAAUAUUUCCUCAUAACUACGUAGUAUUUCGCAAAGAUCGAAUAACUGAAGGUUCCAAGUUCAGUAGCGGAGGUGGUGUAGUGCUAGCUUUCAAAGAUACACUAUCGACAACUAAUUUGAACUUGUCUAUUUUUAAUGAAAUGUUACCAAUGAUAGAUAUAGUGGGUGCUAAGCUACAAGGUACUAAUUUUGUGAAGUUGUAUGUUUUACUUAUAUAUUUACCGCCUUCAACUUCUUUCGAUGACUUCAGCUUAUUCUUUGAUCUUCUAAGUUCGUUGAAAAUUCUUGGGGAUGACAAAGUACUGAUACUAGGUGACUUUAAUACGCCUUCGUUCAAUACAUCUACACCAGACAGAUUUGGCAAUAUAAUAAAUAAUUUCAAGGAAUUUCAGGACAUUAGUCAAUACAACAACAUACCAAAUCAUCUUAAUCGCUUACUAGAUUUGGUUUUUACCAAUCUUAAUAUUCAGGUAGACAAAUGUUUGACUCCUCUAGUUGAUGAAGAUCCGCAUCAUCCUACCUUGUUUAUUAAACUGAAUAUAAUUCCCAAUAAGUCCACUAAUUUUUGCAUGAACCAUAACGAAAAAAGUUAUAAUUUUAGGAGGGCCAACUUUCCUUUAUUGUAUAGCUUAAUAGCUUCCACUGACUGGUCGAGUUGUGACUCGUGCGAUGAUGUUGAAAUUGCCUACACUAUUUUUCAAAAUUUAUUACAUCAAGCUUUUAACGCAAAUGUUCCUAAACUGCAAGUUAACCGAUCUCGGAAAGCUUACUAUCCACCUUGCUGUCAUCGAGCUAAAAUUAAAACUCUCAUGGCUACCGCCUAUAGAAGGUAUAUCUCAAAUAUGGAACUUGUUGUCUCAAGUGAUCCAAAAAAAAUUUGGUCAUUUAUCGAGGACAAGAAAGGUAGAACUAGGAUUCCUGGGUCAAUGGAGUUCAAUAAUGUUAAGUUGGAAUCACCGCAGUCUAUAGUGAAUGCUUUUGGUGAAUACUUUAGUAGCGGGUAUGUGAAAUCAGACCCUAACAACUUACCAUCUACUUUACACUUAAUUCAAAAUUUGAACCUAACGAUCUCAUAUAUAUCGGAAGAUGAAAUAAUAGAAGCAUUAAAGUCCUGUAAAAAUACUAUGACAUCUGGACCUGACGGUAUUCCAAACUUCUUCUUGAAAGACUGUGCAUCGGUUCUGGUUAACCCGUUGUAUUUGCUAUUCAAUUUAAUACUUCGGCAAUUUUCGGUUCCAUCUCAAUGGAAAAAUGCUGCUAUUUGUCCAAUCUUUAAAAAGGGUGAUAAAGCCAAUGUAGAAAAUUAUAGGCAAGUUUGCUUAAUAUGCAAUUUUGCUAAAGUUUUCGAGUCUAUUAUAUAUAAGCGCAUUUAUUCAUCUGUUAGUCAUUUGAUCACUCCAGUUCAACACGGCUUCGUACAGAAAAGAUCUACAAUCUCCAAUUUAGCCUGCCUAUCGCAAUUUGUAUCUAAAGCUAUUGACAAUAACAGUCAAGUUGAUGUGGUGUAUACGGACUUCCAAAAAGCCUUUGAUCAGAUUGAUCAUUUUGUUUUCCUUAACAAGUUAAAUGCCUUGGGUUUUUCUGCGGAACUACUAGCUUUGUUAAAGUUUUAUUUGCUUGGUAGACAACAGUAUGAGAUAUCGCAAGUAUACUUCUUCGACAUUUUCACCAUCUUCGGGAGUACCCCAGGGGUCCAAUUUAGGACCUCUCCUUUUUUUAUGUUUAUUAACGAUUUGCCAGAAGUUGUUACUUGUGAAAGUCUCUUAUUUGCCGAUGAUUAUAAAUUGUAUGCUGAAAUUAAAUGGACAGAGGACGGUGAAGCUUUACAAGAGAACCUUGAUGCAGUUUUGAGAUGCAUGCGAGGCGUCGAACAUCACGCACAGAUGAGUUUUGCUAUGCUUUGCCACGGUAGCCUAGCACGAAAACGUAAAAUUGCUAAGCAUUUCGACGUCGUUGUUUAUAAAUAA